AUGGCUCUCCAGAAAAAAACUGUAGUUGGUGUCUUGGAGGAGUGGUGUUUGGCAGAACCGCUGUUUGGUUGCAGGUGGCACCAGAAUGUUAGGAAAAAACUGAGACUGAUACGAAUUGUAGGGCUCCUUGUCAGUGUAGUGGCCAUUAGUACUUUCUCGCUUUCAAUGAGUGCCUUUUUCAAGAUGGAACCACAUAGCAUGGCACUGGUCAGCAGCCUAGAUAGCCAAAAGCUGGUGCAUGGGCACCAAAGAACUCUCUUGGAUUUCACAGAACAGAAUGAAAACGGCACUCCGGAUCCGCAUGCUUCUAUGAAAUAUGAAGCUGGGCACGACAAUGAAACGGAUGAUCAUGCGAAGGGAGAGUACCCCGAGGACCUUUUCUCUCUUGAGGAGAGAAGACAGGGAGCAGUGAUCCUCCAUAUAAUUGGAAUGAUUUACAUGUUUAUAGCCUUAGCCAUAGUCUGUGAUGAGUUCUUUGUUCCUUCCUUGACUGUCAUCACUGAAAAACUGGCCAUUUCUGAGGAUGUGGCAGGGGCAACCUUCAUGGCUGCUGGUGGGUCAGCCCCAGAACUCUUCACUUCUUUGAUAGGAGUGUUUAUAUCCCACAGCAACGUUGGCAUUGGUACAAUAGUGGGAUCUGCAGUGUUCAAUAUCCUAUUUGUUAUUGGAAUGUGUGCUUUAUUUUCUAAAGAGAUCUUGAACCUUACUUGGUGGCCACUCUUUCGAGAUAUGUCCUUUUACAUAAUUGACUUGAUCUUGCUAAUCAUCUUUUUUCUGGAUAACUUCAUAAUGUGGUGGGAAAGCAUAACACUCCUGACGGCGUAUUUUUCCUAUGUGACAUUUAUGAAGUUCAACGUCCAAGUAGAAGAAUUGGUGAAGAAAUUUUUAAACAGGAACAAGGUUGAGAAGGUAACAACAGAUGCUGAAGGGAAGUCACCUAAUGCUGGAGACAAGGAUGACCAAACCUUGACGACCAAGCCACGUCUCCAGCGGGGAGGAAGCUCUGCAUCUCUCCACAACAGUCUAAUGAGGAACAGCAUCUUCCAGCUCAUGAUUCACACACUCGACCCACUUGCUGAAGAGCUUGGAUCAUAUGGAAACCUAAAAUAUUAUGACACAAUGACUGAAGAAGGAAAGUUCAAGGAAAGGGCCUCAAUUCUGCAUAAGAUUGCCAAAAAGAAGUGCCAGGUGGAAGACAGUGAAAGGCAGAAUGGAGCUGCUAAUCACGAGAAAGGUGCAAAAGUGGAAGUUGCAGUUACACCACCGAGUGAUUCAGGACCAGUGCAAAAUGGAAUCGCCCAUAAUGUUGAAGAGAAUGAAGAGGAUGAGGAAGAACAGCCUCUCAGCCUGGCCUGGCCUGAAACCCCACGCAAGCAGGUCACCUAUCUUCUCGUGUUACCCAUUGUUUUCCCACUGUGGGCUACCCUACCAGAUGUCAGAAAACCUACAUCAAGAAAAUUUUUUCCUAUCACAUUUUUUGGCUCUAUCAGCUGGAUUGCCUUCUUUUCUUACUUGAUGGUCUGGUGGGCACACCAGGUUGGAGAGACCAUUGGUAUUACUGAAGAAAUCAUGGGAUUGACUAUUCUAGCUGCUGGCACAUCCAUUCCUGACCUUAUUACCAGUGUUAUUGUAGCACGCAAAGGUCUGGGGGACAUGGCUGUAUCCAGUUCUGUUGGAAGCAACAUAUUUGACAUUACAGUGGGCCUUCCUCUUCCAUGGCUCCUGUAUGCUGUGAUUAACAGUUUUGCCCCGGUGACAGUCAGCAGCAAUGGUCUGUUCUGUGCGAUUGUGCUCCUCUUCAUCAUGCUGCUCUUUGUCAUCCUCUCCAUUGCUUCCUGCAAGUGGAGGAUGAAUAAAAUCCUGGGUUUCCUCAUGUUUGGGCUUUAUUUUGUGUUCCUGAUUGUCAGUGUCCUUCUGGAGGACAAAGUAAUCCAGUGUCCUGUCUCCAUCUAG